UAAAAGAUAAUGACGUCACCCAGUUUUCUGCGCAAGGAUUGAAAAGAGACGCAGCUGUAUCAUUACACACAGCCGACGGUUUGGAGGGGAUUCAAAUAUAUAAAUGGUAUUCCAUCGACACAAUAAGGUAACCUUGAAAAAUGGAGGGAGGCAAUUAUGGCUACUCCAGGGAAUACUUUGACCGCUUUAUCCAAAGCCAGGACUCGUCUGUCGUGAACAAGUUUCAGAAGAGGUACUGGAAAACCAAGCAGGCGCUCAUCAAGGUCACUGGAAAGAAAGAGGAUGAACAUGUGGUGGCAUCAGACGCAGACUUGGACGCCAAACUGGAGGUGUUCCACUCUAUCCAGAGAACAUGUAUGGAGCUGCUGAAGGUAAUCGAGCAGUAUCAGAGAAGAAUAUGCUUUCUGUCUCAGGAGGAGAAUGAGCUGGGCCGCUUCCUUCGCUCCCAGGGCUCAGAGAACAAGACCAGGGCAGGCAAGAUCAUGCAAGCCACCGGGAAAGCCCUCUGCUUUUCCUCCCAACAGAGGCUGGCUCUGCGGAAGCCGUUGUGUCGGCUCUACCAGGAGGUAGAGACCUUCCGUUACCGGGCCAUCUCUGACACAUGGCUGACGGUGAACCGGAUGGAGCAGUCUAGAACAGAAUACCGCGGAGCUCUACUCUGGAUGAAAGAUGUGUCUCAGGAACUUGAUCCUGACACACACACACAGAUGGAGAAAUUCCGCAAGGUUCAAACGCAAGUACGCACGACUAAAACAAGCUUUGACAAACUGAAGAAUGAUGUCUGCCAGAAAGUUGACUUGUUAGGAGCGAGUCGUUGCAAUCUGCUCUCCCAUGUUCUAACCAUAUACCAGACGACUCUGUUGCACUUCUGGGAGAAGACGUCUCACACUAUGGCCGCCAUUCACGAGAGCUUUAAGGGUUGUCAGCAUUAUGCAUUCUCUACGCUCAAGAAUCUUCAAGACCCCAUGGACAAACUGUCAGCUCAGGGAUCCAAGAAAAAGGGGAAGAAGAGAGUUAAAGCAAAGACUCGGGCUGGAGAGGAACCUCUCCAGACUGCAGAUGGCCAGCUCAUCUCAAUCGAAAGUGAAAACCCCAAUGAAGAGUCCAUCGAAGAAGCUCAAAGCAAAGCAGUUUCUGGCAAAUUCUUUGAAGACAUGGAUUUAAGAAGACAAAUUCCAGGAUCUGAGGAUCUACUCUCAACAUAUCAGGAGCAUGAGGGAGAAAGGGAAAGCAUGGCCUUGCUGAAUGAGAUCCUGGGCAGCACAUCAUUGGAUGAGGGUGAAUUCUCGCGGGAGUGGAGUGAGGUGUUUGGAGAGGGUUGGAUGUCAGAGGGAAGUAGACCAGCAGAAUCUCAGCAGGAAGAUGAUGACUCCUUCUUCCUCCCAUCCCAUCUCCUGGACCAGAAUAUGAACAACCUCCAGUCGAGCAUCUCAGAAUGGGCCAUGAGCAUACCACAGCCUGUCGUCCAGGCAACAGAGCAAUCUGGAGCCAAUCAGCACCCCUGCAGGCCAGCAGUGAGAGAGACACCAGAGACAUCUCAAAACCUUUCAGCCUGGUUCAAUCUGUUUGCUGAUCUUGACCCUCUAUCAAACCCUGAUGCUGUGGGUCGGAAAGAUCACAAACUUCACAACGCAUAGAUGCAUUCUCGACAAUAUUAUUGCACAAAGACAUGGUUAUCUUUUAUGGUCAGCAAACGUUUUGGGGUCAUUUCUCUAAACCAUGGUUACCCCGGACCAGUUUAUAGCGAAACAGAGUAUGAGGCGAUUCUUGUGUAUUUGAAUUUGACAGUUUAGGUGAAUGUUGUUCAAGAUGUUUUAACAACCAAAGUACUGUAUGCUCUGCAUUAAGUUCUACUUUAAAUUCUAAGCAUUAUGAUUCAUCAAUAUUUUUGUAUGGUAAACAUUGUUGAAAACCCUAACUAUACUUCAACUUCCACAAUAGAAGAUAUUCAGAAUAUAUUACACAAGCAUGGGGUUAACAUGUCAGUUUGUGCCUAAAAAUCCAUCUAACAAUAGCUGCAUGUUUCAUGUUUUUUUUCUUCGUACGAUUGUAAAAUUAUUUCAAGGACAGAGUCAACAUUGGAUUAUUGAAAGUGAUCUGGCUUGUUCAUUAUGUAAACAAGUCUAACGGAGUUGAGGAUAAAAGUUAAAAGACAGCCACACAUAUACCACUGCACCUACAGGUAGAAGAGCUGUUGCAUUGCCUGCUUAACCAAAUCAGUGUAAAACGUAUAUUUUUGGACUUUUUCUCUACUUCAUGUUCACAAUGAGAGUAAAGUGUACCCUUUUGGGCAAUCACUGUUGAAUGAAAUUAAAACAGAAUUCUGCAUAACUACAAUUCUACCAAUCCAAGUACUGUAUGCCUUAAAACAAACAUUAGAUAUUCUAACUACCCCUUUAGCAUUUACCAAUUAUAAUAAAUAUUGUGAGGAAAUACAAGGAAUUACAUUUUGAUGCUUGCAAGAUGUAAACAAUUGUAUUUUUAUUUGGGUAAAUGAUGUGCCUCAGACUCAAACAUAUUAUGCUUUAGUUACCUUAUAUCAUAGGUAUAUCAUUAAUUAUAUGAUUAUAUUGUAAAUAAAAAGAAUAAAGCCUUUAAUAAUUAUACUUAAUAUAACUGCCCUGCCCAGCCUUAAAAAGUAUGAACACAAAGUGGUAUUUUUGU